AACAGAACGGUAUCAGUAUUCAACCGACGGUAGAAACACGAUAACGGUAACGAUACACUUAUCGAUAAAAAAAUAAAAAUCAAACGAAAUAAUGGCCGCCAAGGUAUGUAUAGUCACAUUUAUAGUGCCGUUUCGGUGUUUUCCUCGAUAACAGCAAUUUUGAAUUUUAUUUUACGAACAAUUGAAUUUUUUUUUUAUAAAAUUGCGUUGAACAAUUUUUCAGAUGAUCAUUUUCGCCGCCUGCGUGGCCACCACUCUCGCCCAAUACGCCGCCCCUGCUUACCCGGCGCCCGCUUACUCGGCACCAAAGGCCUACGCCCCGGAGCCCGCAUACGCCCCGGCCCCGUACAGCUUCGAAUACAGCGUAAACGACCCGGCCACCUACGAUAUCCACAGCCAGUCCGAAUCCAGCGACGGUAACGGUUACGUCAAGGGAACCUACAGCCUGGUCGAACCCGACGGUUCCACCCGCGUCGUCGAAUACACCGCCGACGACCACAGCGGUUUCAACGCCGAAGUCAAGAAAAUCGAAGGAUCCGGAUACAAGGCCUCGUACAGCACCCCGGCCCCAGCCUACAAAGCCGCCCCGGCCUACAAACCAGCCUACCCAGCACCAGCAGCUUACCCAGCCCCAGAAGCCGCCUACCCGGCACCAGAAGCUUACCCAGCUCCAGCUUACAAACCAUCUUACAAACCAGCUUCCUACGCGGCGCCUUCAUACUCCGCCCCGGCUUACAAACCAGCCCCAUACAAGGCAUACUAAUGAGUGCCAUUCAAAAACCCCUUUCGACUUCUACAUCUGUUCUUGAGCUUUUCGUUGUACAUAAGUGCUCGUCUGUCCUAUUAUUUUUGUUUAAAAACAUGU